GCCCCAGCAAUCCCUCUUACCAGCGCAAUGGCAGUCUCAGGUUGCAACAAGGACAAUGUCAGAGUAGGCUAUAAAAAAUGUGGCUACCCUGGUCAUCUGACUUUUGAAUGCCACAAUUUUCUCCGAGGAGACCCCAAAAGGGAUAUAGUUCUGGAUGUCAGCAGUACAAGCAGUGAAGACAGUGGUGAAGAGAAUGAAGAGUUAAAUAAAUUACAGGCAUUACAGGAAAAAAGAAUAAAUGAGGAAGAGGAGAAGAAAGAAGAAAAAAGUAAAGAAAAAAUCAAAUUGAAAAAGAAAAGGAAAAGGUCUUAUUCCAGUUCCACUGAAGAAGACUCUUCCAAAUAAAAGAAACAGAAAUAUCAGAAGAGAAAAGAAAAAAAGAACAAAUCCAAAAAAGGAAAGUAUCACAAAAAGGAAAAAAAGAAGAGAAAAAAGGAAAAGUAUUCUUCUACCCCUAAUCAUUCUGAAUUCACAAAAAAGUAA